AUGGAUGAUCCACAAACAAACUGCAAUUCUUCUGUCGACAUUAAGCAGAAAAAACCCCAUGUCCCAAAGUUUGGGGACUGGGACAGUGACAACAUAUCAUACACUGCAUGUUUUGAAAGUGCUCGUAAAAAUGGAGUGAAGGGAAAUCCAAAUGAUCCCGAAGACAACCCAGAGGCCUUCAAGAGCAUGCUCAAGUCCUCCGCCGCACAACCUGCUUACAUGUCCACGAGUUCGAGCAGCAAACCACGAACCUCAAGCGAAAAAGUACGCCAAACUGAAGGAGACAAUAGCCACCGUGCGCAUCAGCGACAUGGCAUUGCGCAUGAGCAUAGGGUUUCUGGAGGGAGCCGCAAGAGUUACACAUCGGAGUCUGGCAGCGAAAGGAGCAACUCUGAUUAUUCGCUCUUGCAGCAACAACCGAGACACCACCGUGAGAGAUCUGAUAGAAAAAGUAGCUUGGCUUCAUCAGGAAGUGAUCGUAGUCAUAGCGCUUCCAAUUCCCAGAGCAAGCCUAAUAGUACUGGCAGUAGCACUCAUCAGUCCAGUAAUCAUAUUCAACACGAUACUCAUACUAGAGUAGCUUCAAUACCCAAAUUUGGGGAUUGGGAUGAAGAAGAUCCCCAAUCUGGUGAAGGUUUUACUUACAUAUUUGAACGAGUGAAGGAAGAAAAGAAAACUGCAUCAAAGUUCCCAAAUGUGCCUCAGCAAGCACGCAACAAUCUCAACAGCGCAAAUAAAAGUGGAAAAUCGCCUUCCAAAUCAAAGAGUUGGUGCUGCAUAUUUUCAAGUAAAUAG